CGGGUACACACGUUCCAAAACGAAGUCCUCAGAUGUAUGCGAGUGGAAAGUUGCGCGAGAACGCUAUUGAAAAUUCUACUGGUCCCCCGAUACGCCUCACGGCCGCUUUACGUUGGCUACACUAUCAACGAACUUAUCGUAAUGGUACGAUUUGUUCGUAUUGUUAUACUCUUUGGACGUACGGGAUGCUAUGGCCAUCCGCUUUUACUUUACUAUGGAGAAGACCCAGGUUUUUCCAUACGAUCUGUAUUAAUCGAUAAGUUUUCGAGUUUAUUGUGAUUCCUUGCAUAAAGUUUUGUUUUUCGUUCACGUGUCGUUUAUCGUUUUAAUUCGUUGCGUGUUCUUCGUGGUUUCUUUCGCGAUGAUCGAAGCAGAUGGGACCGCAGAUAUAGCCGGUCAAGAUAAUGCAUUGCUUGAAAAUGGUGUGUCGAAAAAAAAUGACAAGAGCAAUGUAAAAGGUAAAAAACGGAGGAAAUGCAUACGUGACAAGACGGCCCCUAGACCUCCACAUUCUGGGUAUAUACGAUUUUUGAAUGAUAGGCGCGAACAGUUUCGAGCCGAAAAUCCCAAUUUACCAUUUGCAGAAAUUACCAAAGUUUUAGCUGCUGAAUGGAACCAAUUACCUGCUGAUAAAAAACAACAAUAUCUUUUAGCCGCUGAACAAGAGCGAGUAAAAUAUGUUGAAGAAUUAGCAGCUUAUAAGAAAACUGAAGCAUACAGAAAUUUUAUUCAGCGUAAAUUUAAAAAGAAAAAAGUUGAUAUAACUGUUGAAAAAGAACAAGAAUUAGAAAAAGAAAAACCAUCCAGUGAUAACAGCAAUAUAGUUCAUGACAUACCAAUAUUUACUGAAGAAUUUCUUGAAUUUAAUAAAGCUAGAGAAAGUGAACUUAGGUAUCUUCGCAAAACUGUAACAGAUCAAGAGCAAGAAGUUUCUGUUUUAGAUAAACAUAUUGAAAAUAUGAAUAAUGGUAUUGUUAAAUUAAUGGCUAAUACAGAACAACUCAAAGUAGGAAGCUUAACAUUUGAAAAGCAUUUAGAUAAAUUACGAUCCAAACUUCUUGAUGCAUUUUCUUCUAUUACCUUACCAGAUUAUACUGAACCACCUACAAUUGAGACUAUUGAUACAUAUAUGGUUAAUUUAGCAUUGUUCCUAAAAACUGGUAAUAACCCUUCCUUAUUUGAAAAUGUGAAGAAAGCUGUUUCUAAUUUAGAUGUUUCUCAAUUUUGAAAAA